AUGACGUUACCUAAUUAUAGAGAUAUAUUAAUACAUGUCAUAGUCAUGUGAUUAUCAAGCUGCCACAGUAUCGUGGCGUGUGUUGAUCGACAAGGCCGAGGACAGUUGAACACAACAUAUGUAUCAGACUGUAUGAACACUUUAUGCUAGAUACUUAUGUUCCGAAUUUUACCUUAAAGCAGGUGAAUCCUAUUGAACGUUGCAUUGUUCUUAACAAUUGAAUUGUUAUUUUUCGACAAAAUGUGGAAGGAUCAUUUCCGGACUUUUACCGCAGUAUGUGGAAUAUUGCAGUACCUGUGGUGGGGUUGCUUUGGGUCAGAUAUUAAAAGUAUUCAUUACCGAAUAGACGAGAGGUACGCCAACAGAAUACCCCAAAAAGGUAUUUUAUGGACGAAAAAUAACAUCUUAGUCCGAUGGUGUGUGUACACGUGUCUGAGAGAUGUUAAUUGCGCCAUCAUCUUCUUCAAUAAUGGUGUCUGUUACGGAUAUUCCGAAAAACUCCAUGAUAUGAUACUGACAACGGCAGUCCCCGGUACGACUUACUACGAAUUAGCAGGUCCAAUUGGAAAUCUAGCUGGCGGUAAAGCUGUCAUCCAAUCGUCAACCUACCAGAACAGUAUGAAUUUCGGUCCAAAGAAAGCAGUUGAUGCUAUAAGGUAUCCACAUGCUAACGCCAACCUACUCUUGGCAUGUGCUCACACGAGCUUUAAGAGGGAGGACGGAAAUAACGACAAUUUUCCGUUCUGGGAGGUCAACCUAGGGUCACGGUGCUUGGUUUUGUCUGUCUCGUUCCUGAGUAGGAUCGACUGUUGUGGCAUACGUAACGAGCGCUUAAGAAUCACGAUAGCGGAAACAGCCAGCGGACCUCGAGCGCUGUGCAAGUAUUACCCAGGACCUGCAUUCGCCGGGGAGAUGAAAACUUUUUUCUGUGAGAAACCUUUAUAUGGGCAGUUUGUUCGAAUCUCGCGUGAUAGGACCUAUAUCAGUGCAUGCGAAGUCGAGGUGUAUGGGUACCCAUUGAAUUGACCAACUAUUCAAUAAUAACAACAAGAUAAAUAUUUUCAAAAUGAUGUUGAAACACAUAAAAAUGGGAAACAAUUCACAAAAACCACGCUAACCUUAAACAAUUGAUAACAAGAAGAAACAUUUUGUAACUAUGCUUGAAAAAAAAAAAAAAAAAAAAAACUCACAAAAUCUCUAUUUGUUUAAACACAGAUACAAAUACUACAUUAUGUCUUGGCAAUAAAACUAGAGCAAUAUGUUGUAAAGUACUUUGUAUCUAUUCUA